UGUUUGAGCAAAAGCACCGUUGGUCCGUCAUCCGUGCCAGCAAGCUAAAACCCUCCUUAUACCUCUAACGCACACAGAGCCCAGAGGGUCGAGAGAACACAAAGGAAGGAGGGAAUCCGCAAAAACCCAGAGAAAAUGGUGAACAAAGCAUGGAGAAUAAUCCCAAGGCCACUCCUGGAAACCGUGCUGAACAACCACGCCCAGCACCACCGCGUCCCUCAGCCUCUCAUCCUCCACGGCCCUCGUGGCGCCGGCAAAACCACCCUCAUCCUCGAACGUCUACUGGGCGAGUGGAAUAAAGGUCCUCACGUCACCGGCUAUAUAGAUUUUGCGGAAUCGAUCAAAAACCAUCACCCACAAUUCAAUCAGUCGUUUCCUUGGGCUUCUUGGUCCAUUUGCCCACCACCCACUUUGACAAACUGCCGGACCCAGCUCGAACGCACCCUCGAAUCAAUGGCCGAAAAGGGUGUCAAGCUCGGCACCAUUGGCUCCCACCAGAUAUUCACCACCCUCAACAAAUGGCAUGGCCUCAACACGGCGCUUCGCCGCGUGAUUCAGGGCAGCAGUGGUUUGAAAAAUGCGGUCUUGGAUAAAGCCUCAGGCACGGUGUUGUGGGAUCGGGCGGUUUUCGCACUAUCUGCUCGAUGUAAUGCCAAAGAGAUUGAUGGGGUUUUGGGUUUGGGUGAGAAAUGGAAGAGUUUGUCGGUGGAGGAAGCUUCGUAUUUCAGGGAGGCGAUUCUGGCACUGAGAUUGGCGAAGGAGGUGAUUAAUGUUCAACAAGGGUGGAGGGGUAAUGCUAUUGCUCAUUUGAAUAGGACGGGCGGGUUUUCGAGGUCAUUAGCGCAUUCAUGUACCGAUUGGCCGUGUUUGUUGCUGGAGUUGUUGUCACAAGCUGCUGAAAUUGAUCAUUUUCAGCCAAAGCUGGUCAUUAACAAUAUCGAUGUCCUACGCAAUGCUAUUCUAAAUGAUGAUUCAUCAGUCUGUGCGUCAAUGUAUCAUGACAGUUUGAUAUGGAGAAUAAUUGCUUUGGGUGCAAAUGAGCGGUGCCUGCCUGUCAUCCUUGUUACAUCGGAUAGCUACUAUUCAUACCGAGCUUACAUGGAUUUUGGAUUUCCAGAUAUAUUCAUCUCUCGCGAGAUGUUUGGAUGGGCUCUUCAAGAGGCUAAAAUGCAUAUGGUUACUGACUAUUUCAGUCAUUCAGAGUGGACGGUGAUUACUGAGGUGCUUGGGCCGAACCCUCGACAUCUAUUUGAGCUUUAUGCUCUUAAACAAAGUAACUAUUAUCAGAAGGUGAUGGGCGAGGAGGGUAGUACUUUUGAGGACAUCAUAGAUGCAUAUUUAGCAUAUUUGCAAAUUAAUGUUGUGAACCCUGCUAUGGAUAAAGCAUUGGGACUCUUGCAAAAGUUUGCUGUUGAUGCGCGAUGUGGAAAGAUUUCAAAAGAUAAAUUACGGUUUGGUGCACCUUGGAGACAUCCUCCAAAAACUAAUGACCCCAACCUGUGCAUCGAGUGGGCAAAGCUUCAACUGAUGGAUUUUGUUCAGUGUCUAGUCAAUACAGAGUUUGGGAUUAAUUAUCUAGCUGACUGUAGUCUUGAGAUUUUUGAAGAUCCUUCUGCUGUUGCAAUGGUGGAGGUCGGUUUGCUGUAUGCACAGCGGGAUCCAUCCUUUAUUCGGCCCAUAUCUAGAGGGAUUCAGAGGUGUCUUGUGAGAUGGCUUGUCCAGCAGCGGAUGCAAAUGAGUUUCCAAAACUUACUCCAGUAUCUGUGGCAGCGAAUAAUACGUGGACGUAGCUAUCGUCAUUUGAUGCUAGAAGCAGGCUAUAAAUAGAGAAUUGGAGUUUCUUUUGGCAAAUUUAUAUUCACUUAGUGAGGCAGGUAGCUUUUUCAGGUAUACAUAAAGAUUUUUACACCAUACAGGCACUGGCCAAAUUGGCCAUGGCUGAUUUCUGGAAGUUUUGAUGUACUGUUGCUGGAGGAUGUCCUUUCUUUACAAUAAAAUUGAAGACUCAAAUGCUCCCAUCAACCAAUAGACAUUUUUGCAUUCAGAGAUGACUCUGGUUUAUAAUAAGGUGAGUCAAGUUGGCACCAUUGCUGUGAAUUGAUCAAGGACUAAAAGCAAGAGUUCACUUGAAUGUAUGUAUGACUUGUAUAUACAUCCCGAGUGUAUAUUUAAUUUAUUGGGGGGACUCAUUUUUGAAAAUUUGAGUGUAACCAUUACUCGAGCCAUCUUAGUUGGUCGAUUCAUGACCGGACUAGCGUCCGGGACCAAAACAACAGAUUAGGGUUUAAAAUACUACUUUUGCUAUGUUAUUUGCGGAGAGCCCUUGUAUUAUGAGGUUAAUGUCUAUACUAUUGCUUGGGCGGCCAUAAUUUAAUUUGAAAAAGGCUUCCAAGA